AACUGGAUCAUGGCUUGGCCCGGGCAUGAAAACCUCUGGUCGAAACGACUCUAAUACUAAAAACAGGGUAAUGUUAUUAAAUGUGAGAUUAACGUCAUCGUUUACGCGAGCGUCUUGCAUCCGAUUCAUUAUGUAGUACACCUGAGAGGCACGCAAUUAUUUCUCCUCUUCUCUCCCUCUCUAUCUCUGCAACUCUCCUCAGGAGCUUUAACAAUGGCGGACUCUUUGUAGCCAAAGACUUCCAGUUUUCCUCUCUUCCGCUCUUCCUUUUCUUUUCUCAUUAGUUGCCAAAAUGCGUUCCAAGGAAAAAAUAUCCUACUUUUACGACGGAGAUGUAGGGAGCGUAUACUUUGGACCUAAUCAUCCAAUGAAACCUCACCGGCUUUGUAUGACUCACCAUUUGGUCCUUGCCUAUGACCUCCAUAAAAAGAUGGAAAUUUAUCGUCCCCACAAGGCUUACCCCGUUGAACUCGCUCAGUUCCAUUCAGCUGAUUAUGUCGAGUUUUUGCAUCGAAUUACGCCAGAUACGCAGCAUUUGUUCUCGAAUGAAUUGGCCAGAUACAAUCUUGGAGAAGACUGCCCUGUGUUUGAAAACUUGUUUGAAUUUUGUCAAAUUUAUGCUGGUGGGACAAUAGAUGCUGCAAGAAGAUUAAACAAUCAGUUAUGUGAUAUUGCAAUAAAUUGGGCUGGUGGUUUACAUCAUGCCAAGAAGUGUGAGGCAUCUGGCUUUUGUUACAUCAAUGACUUGGUUUUGGGAAUCUUGGAGCUUCUGAAGUAUCAUGCCCGUGUUUUGUAUAUUGAUAUCGAUGUACAUCAUGGUGAUGGGGUUGAAGAAGCCUUUUAUUUCACUGACAGGGUGAUGACUGUUAGUUUUCACAAGUUUGGCGAUAUGUUCUUUCCUGGAACUGGUGAUGUGAAGGACAUAGGAGAAAGAGAAGGAAAGUAUUACGCCAUAAAUGUCCCACUCAAAGAUGGAAUUGAUGACACUAGCUUCACUAGAUUGUUUAAGAUAAUUAUUUCCAAGGUUGUUGAAAUGUAUCGACCAGGUGCAAUAGUUCUUCAAUGUGGAGCAGAUUCUCUUGCUGGGGAUCGCUUGGGCUGUUUCAAUCUCUCAAUUGAUGGACAUGCUGAAUGUGUUAAAAUUGUGAAGAAAUUCAACCUACCUUUACUGGUUACCGGAGGCGGAGGAUAUACUAAAGAAAAUGUUGCACGUUGCUGGACUGUUGAAACAGGAGUUCUUUUAGAUACAGAACUUCCUAAUGAAAUCCCAGAAAAUGAGUAUAUCAAAUAUUUUGCACCAGAUUGCUUGUUGAAUAUUCCAAAUGGGCACAUAGAGAAUUUGAAUAGCAAGUCAUAUCUUAGUACGAUCAAGAUGCAAGUGCUGGAAAACCUUCGUAGCAUCCAACAUGCUCCAGGUGUACAGAUGCAGGAGGUUCCACCUGAUUUUUAUAUUCCUGAUUUUGAUGAAGAUGAGCAUAAUCCUGAUGAGCGCAUGGAUCGUAAAGCACACCCAAGACAAGCAAAUCCAGCGUGAUGAUGAAUAUUACGAUGGUGACAACGAUAAUGAUCAUAACAUGGACAUGUGAAGUUACUCUUAGCAUUUUUUUGUUAGGUAUUAACUUGUAUUUUGUAGGAUCUGCCUGAAUCCAAAUUUGGCUGACACCUCAUCAAAGAAAAAAUUGUGGAAGGAACCACACUAUAAAUUGUUCAUAUGUUGGUUUCAAAAAUGAUUUUGGUUUUAUGUAGUGUUUCACCACAAGCUCUGAAGGAUUUGAUGAAAUAGGAUGUUUAGCAUUUUUUUAUGCUCUGCAAGUUUAAAUUCUAGCCUUGUCUUCAAGGGGUAGCCCGCUGAUGAACAUAUUGCCUUUAGCUGGUAUGUUAUUGUUAGUACCUAAGGCUUACACUUCCUAUUUGUACAUGGAUAUCAUGUAAUGUAUUUUUUUUUUCUUCAAA